AUGGAUUGGUUCGGCAACGUAUUGGCCGGCGGCGAUCGGCGUCGCCGUUUCGCCGUCUGUUUGACGAUCGUCUGCGUGCUGUCUACGGCGAAGCAAGCUUGCUCCGCGGAUGCAAACGAGACGAACGACGUUUGGAGCGGAUUGUCGACCGGCUGCUCGAAUUCCGACACCAAGAAUAUCUCUGUGUCUUGCUACGGGGUUAGGAUCGUCAGGAAGAUCGUGCAACAGCUGUUGGAGAAGUCCAGCAAGGAGCCUAACAUCGAGAUCUUCGAUGGAGUGAGUCUGGUCGAGGUACCUGGCUCUGGACCUAACAGGAAGGGAAGAUUGAUGAAGGGAUUCGGGAAUAUGGGGACUCUGAUGCAGUUCUUGGAGGGAAGAGAGCUGAGAAUCAAACUGCCGAGCUUCCUUCCGCAGAAUAUCGAGAGCGCUCUUCAAGAGAGCUUGCCUGUUGAUCAAGGAAGAGCUGGAGGUGGCGGUGGAUUUGGAGGAGGUGGCGGUGGAUUUGGUGGAGGAGGAGGCGGAGGCGGCGGUGGAAAGAAGGGAGGCGGCGGAGGAUACAUGAUCAUGGCGCUGAUGAUGGGCAAGAUGAUGGCCGCGCUAGGGUUCGGUGCUCUCGGUCUCCUCGCUAUGAAGGCGUUGAUGGUGUCCGCAAUGGCGUUGAUGCUCUCGUUGAUCGUGGCCGUGAAGAAGUUGACCAGCGGUCACGACAGCGGCGGUGGCCACCACGUGGUGUACGCGCAGGACGUCGGUCAUCAUCAUUACCGGAAGAAGCGUUCGUUAGGCGAGGACGACCACGAUCUCCCUUACAGAGGAUACGCUCACCUGUUCGGCGACUCGUUAGUGUCCUGA